CUGCAAAGUGCCAGCGAAACGCUCUACGGCACUGGGCUUUUAUACGCCCAUGAAGGCCUCGCCGAUGGACAGCCUCUUCCAGCUGGGUGUGACCCGGUACGCACUGCCCGACAGCAGCAGCAGCAGCAGCAGCGGCAGCAACAGCAAUAACAGCAGCAACGGCUGCAGUCCAGCCGGUGGAGGAGCAGGCAAUGGCGGCAAGGCAACGACAACGCUGUUCAAUGGCAACGGCAGCAUUAUGGGCAUCGGCGAGGGUCUCAUCAAGGACGGCGGCAACUGCGUUGAGGAGGAUGCAGCGGCGGCGGGGACCAACACAAAUGGAACCGGCGGCAAGAAGUUGAAUUGCGAUGCGGACGGAGAGGAUGACGACUACCAUCCAACGGCGACGCCCGGCGGCGGAGUUGUCUAUAGCGAGGGCACACAGAAGACAGAUCUAUUGUACUGAUGGAGCGAAACACACACAGCUCUCUGGAGGAGCUCUCCCCCUCUAUCUGUAUCUCUCUAUCUAUGGCUCGUUAAUGCUAUUCCAUUCCCCCAUAAACAUCAUCCCAUUAUAAUACCCCCCUCCUUGUGUGAAAACCGUGCGCUUACGUGAAAUAUAAAUUUCAGAAAUACGGCAGACAGAAAAACACAGAAAGAUACGUAUAUAUAUAUAGAUAUUAUUUGUAAUUCGUAAGCCCUAGAUACGAUAUGGGUGUAUGCGUGUGAGUGCGAGUGUGCGUGUGAUUGUAUGCGAGUGUCUUUAUAUAAAUAUAUAUUUGUUUUUUUUUUUUUUCUUUAACUUAAUUACGAUUAUUGUAAAUGCAUCGAUGAUGGCACUUCAGUGAAGGAACCAAACACCACUUCGAGAGUUGUUCCAUAUUGUAUUUGUAUUUGUAUUCCAUUUACGGUAUUUUUUAUAGUAAAUAUACAAGAAGAAGACAAACGCCAAGAAACAAACUAAAAAGAAAAAACUUGGACAUUUUGCCGAACAUAAUAUAAACAUUGUAAACAACGAGAAGUUGUUUCACCAACAACAGAAACAGAAACGGAAACGGAAACAACUGAAAGAAACCCCGAGCCCCGCUGCAGGGUCUAACAUUAAACAUUAUACAUAUAAAUCCAGAUCAGAUCAGAUCAGAUCCCUAAGAAUCAGAGCGACACGAUGAUCCCCCAGCCACCCCACCCCCCCCAUUUCCGUAUAUCCGAUAUCCGAUAUACACUUCCAAUUUCCCGAUACGAAACCCGGAAGAACAAGUAAAGGAAAAAUGUAAACAUUUGCCUCAUAAUUAUUAUUACACAUUUAGCGCUUACAUACAUAUUUUUUACAAUUGU